AUGGAAUCAAUGAGGAAACGUAUUAACGUAAAACUUGUGUCGUGCCCCGCCAGGAUGCGAAAACUGAUUAACCGCCCGACGUUCAAACAAUGCACCAAUUAUAGCGAAAAUCUCGCUGCAGUGACUAUGCACAAUAAAGAGAUCGAUUUCUGCAAACCUAUUUACAUCGGGUUUGUCAUACUCGAGCGGAGCAAGGAGUUGAUGUACGAAUAUCAUUAUAACGUGAUGAAACGUCAUUACGGCGACAAUAUCAGCCUGUUGUACACCGAUACUGAUUCUCUGAUAUAUCACGUGAAAACACGCGAUUUUUACGACGAUGUGGCGAAUAAUCCGAACUUGCUGAAUCGUAUGGACACAUCUAAUCUACCACCUGAUCACAGGUGCUACACUUUGGCACGUAUGAAACUACCAGGAUACUUUAAGGACGAGAUUGCACGCCC